AUGGCGCCGCGAGAGCCUCAGCCACAGUCGUCUCCUGCAGCGGGUCCAUCCUCGUCCCAGAGCCUGCCAUCCUUCGCCGACACCUUUCCCGGCUAUUCCCGUCCCACUGCAUCAGCGACCGCGGGAGAGCGAGAACGCAGCGAGCUGCCGCCGAUCCAGGUCAUGGACCCGCCUCCGCGCCUGAACGGCCGCAAGCGCUCCCACAACGACGAACAGGCGUCCCCCCCUUCUCCACAGGUCAAAGACGAGAUUGACGAGCUGGACGAAUCCGCGUCUUCGGCGCCGCAAGGCAAACGCCGGCGAGUAACCGUCUCUGGCAGCCAGCGACCGGAAGCAGCCCCCAUGCCCACUCCAGCGCGCACCACUCUACCCAUAAGCGAUGCACGCCGUGGCUCGCUCCCGGGCGUCGGCUCGAUGCGAUCCCCCGCGCCUGUCCCCGCGCGCCUACCGCCCGUCCCAUCGGCGCACUCAUCGGCCGCGAACCCAAACCGCGGCUCUGCUGCACUCCCCGCGCCCUCGAUUUCCUUUACCAGCCGCCGUCUCGGCGCAGGCGCAAAAGGCAAGAAGCCUGCCGACAUCCUCAUCAGCCCACGCGACGUCGCACCUCCCCCCGCUAUCAUGAGCGCACCCCCAGCCGUGACCGAACACAGCCGGCCGCCAGUCCCCCCUGCGCUCUUUCCUCCGCCCCAUCACCACCACCCACCGCCACAUUCUCAACAGCAGCCGUCACACUUGCAUGGACCGGCGACUCCCGGUGUGGCCAUUCCGAGCAUUCCUUCCAUCGGUGCACCGCCGCCUCGCAGAGCACCGGCAGCUGUGCCUCCGACGCCUGGCCGACUGCCUAUGCGCGGAACACUUGUGACGCCAUCUACCGCUGCGUUUCACAUUCCAGAACGGGGUGGAGACCGGAGCCACCUCUCUGUGCCAAACGUAGGAAUCAGUGGUGCACUCGCCAGUCCGCGUGUCCCUCCCACACCAGGCGUACUCCGUUCUCUAUCACAUGGGGCCAACCCUGGACCUUCGUCAGCAAAACUGCCCGCGAAUCGCGAAAAAGAGCGCGACGCGUUUCUGUCGCCUUUUGCUGGCUUUUACGACACGCUGCGCGAUGCGGCCGAGCUUAAAGCCUUUCUCGCUGCGAGCAUAGCCAGGGCUGAUCGUGCUGCUGCGUCGAUCGACGAUACGGUCGAGCGCCGCGUCAGAGAGCGCGUCGCACCGAUUGAACAAGAGCUUGAUGCGUAUAAACGUCGCGUCGAUGCGCUCGAGGAGGAGAUGCGGGCUUUGCGCGCUAGCUCAGCCCCUGCGGAGGCGCUUCGCCCUAAGGAAGGCUACACCUUCCCCUCGGAGUCGCGCAGCAGUCAGAGUCCAGAAGUGAAAGGGAAGGAGCGGGAGAAGACGCAUGAGCAGGGCAGCAAGAGUCCGCCGAGUGAGGAGCCCCGGGCUAGUGCAGGGCCGUAG